AUGCUCGAUGACCAAGACAACUUCGUCCGUCUUCCCAACGAACGUUUGAUCUACUCCUCUCCUCCUCGUACUAGUGUCUCUUUGACUCCGCCGUCUGGAUACAAAGGCGCAGAGAAACUUUCAAUCCAAAGCAGUGCCGGCUGCAUCCACCUCACCAACCAAAGAGUUGUCUACCUUCCAGCAUCCAAAAGCAAUGACUUCCAGUCCUUCUCGUCACCUCUCUUGAAUGUCCGUGACUCCCAUGUUUCUGCGCCCUUCUUUGGACCCAACGUAUGGACAGCUUUGGUGCAACCAGUAUCUGGAGGUGGCAUUUCACCAUCCCUAUCUGUCGUUCAGUUGAAAGUGACAUUCAAGGAAGGCGGAGCGUUUGACUUCCACACCAACUUCGAGCGGAUCAAGGAACGACUUGAACAGGCUGUUGAGAACACAAGCGAGGGCACUCGGGGACAACAAAACGUGGAUCUCUCAGCAGUUCAUUUGGAAGAGUUGCCUGCAUAUGAAGCUCCACCUAAUGCUAGCCAAAGUGCGAGACCCAGCCAGACACCAGAAGAGCCGCAAAGCAGUCGAGCAUCUGACACCGGUACUGAACCCGUGGAGCCGCCUCCAUGUUACGAGGAAGUCCAGUCGCAGAGUGUAGCCCACGAGCUAGAGGAGAGGCUGCGACGCGCCACCUAA